AUGGCAAAUUUCAAGAUUACUGAUCUCUCGCUUAAUGGGUUCAAGGGAGCUGUUAGUAGAGCGCUACAUAGUGGUACAGCAGCUAUUGGUGUAGUUAGUCCAACUUUGAUGACUGUAAAAUCCAAUGUGGAAACGUUACAAAAUCGAUGGAACAAAUAUGUGGAGGUAUGGGAUCAAUAUAUCUCUGAGAGAGAUUCUUUGAGUGAUGAUGAGUUUGAUGCACUUGAGAAGACUCAUGCUCAAUAUGAAGUUUUGUAUUAUACAGAGACCAAUAAAUUAUUAGAUGUUUUAGAUCAACUACAGAGUGUAGGUCCUGGAAUUUCCAAUCCUGUUCCAACACAACAGAGUGCCAGGGUACGUUUACCUGAAGUAAAGAUUAACAGCUUUGAUGGAAGGGUAGAAGAAUGGCAAACUUGGUGGGACAGUUUCCGUUCGUUAGUUCAUGAUCGUAAGGAUAUGGACAAGGUAUUGAAAAUGACACAACUUAGGUCCUGUUUGAAAGGUAAAGCAUUGUUAGUUGUCUCAGGAUUUCAGGUCACUGACCAAGACUAUGAUGAUGCUAUUGCAGCUUUGCAAGAUAGAUUUCCUAACCCAGAGAAAGUAAAACAAACAUUAGUGCUUCAGUUGUUUGAUAUGGUUAAGCCUAAGAAUACUGCUAAGGAAUUGGAGCAGUUUAAGCUGGAUUUUAAAAGAAUUAUAAAGACUCUUCAACACUAUGUUACUGAUUUACAGUCUUCCCAUUGGCUUAUUGCUGUUCUGUUACAGAGCAAGUUGCCUACAGAGGCAGAGAUGUUCAUUUUUCAGAAAUUUCAGACUAAAUAUUUUACAGUUGAUCAAAUCAGCACAGGUUUUCCCGACCACCUUGAAUUUCUUGAUAGGAUGCAAAACAGUGGCAAAUUACAGUCUGAUAGUGAUAAAUUACUACAGGAUAGUGGCAAAUCUCAAGUUAGAGAUAAAGUGAAAUCCUUCAACCAGACACGGCAGGUAUUGGCAGAUAAGACUCAGAUUGGAACUUAUUCAAUUGAAGCAACAUCUUCUAAAAACCAAUGUUUAUUGUGUUCAUCAGAUAGUCACAGAGCCAGGCGAUGCUCAAAGUAUGCUGAUGCAACUUCCCAAAGAAGUAGGCUGAUAGAUAUAGGACGGUGUUCUAGAUGUUCAAGAAAUAAGCAUAAUGGCAGGUGUUUGCAGCCUGUAAAAUGCUUUGUCUGCAAUAAGACUAAUCAUAAUGAAGUUUUUAGCUACAGCAAUUUUGGAGGCAAGUUGCAAAGUGAGGUGAAAUCAGAUGGUACUGUAAAGUCAGAUAAGCAAGUUAACAGUACUACAAGCAUUGAAGUUAGGAGCGAAGUUUCAAGUACAAAGAGUGCUGGGUCCAAAUAUUCUUCUGCUUUAGCUACAGCUCAGGUCAAGGUAUCGAAUAAUGAUAAUUCCAAGUCACAGUAUGUUUGCUGCUUUUUCGAUCCUGGAUCGCAUAUUUCAUUUAUUACUUCCAAGUUAGCUACAGCACUACAGCCAAAGACUGUUGAAAGUCAACAACUUGUUUUGCAAGGUUUUCAGUCGCAGCCAAAGGAGGGGCAAUUUGAUAUUGUGACACCUCUAGUUUCUUUAGGUAGGAGGAUUAAGAAGAUGAGAGUUGUAAUUGUGGAUGAGUUACCAGGUAGUAUUUCUACACCAGGCAUGCAUAAGGUUUAUCAAAUGCUGCAGGGUAAAGGGAUUAAAACUGCAGAUGAAAUUCCAUCCAACACUGUCUCAGGGAUUGAAUUAAUGGUGGGUUCUGAUUAUUUUGCUGAUUUUGUUGGUGGUGUUACCAAAUUAACUGCUAAUAUUUCUCCUCUUCAUGUUAAUGAUUUGAUUGAAGAGAAUAAUGAACAAGUUCAUAAAUUAUGGGAAUUAGAAUCGAUAGGCAUCAAUCCAACUGCCCCGCCUGUAGAAGAUGAUUGUGUCUACAAAAGGUCAGGUAGCCCCUUUAAGAAUUUGAUUGCCAAAUCCUUUUAUGCUGAUAAUCUUCAGGGUAGUAUGUCUAAUGAAAUAGAAUUGUUAGAAUUUUAUGCUGAGGCUAACAAGCAACUGAGGAGUGCCAAUAUGCCACUCAGGACUUGGGUAACUAACAAUGAGAAACUUAAAAUUAAAAUUGAAGAAGAUAACGGAACUGUGAUUUGGUCUCAUAAUGAGGCUGCUAUUCAAUGGGUCAGACAUUAUAAUUGCAAAAUUACUUAUGUCAAGAACAGGGUGGCUGAGAUCAGAGAAGUGUCAGCCAAUUAUCAAAUAUUUCAUGUAUCUACUGGAGAAAAUCCUGCUGACUUAGUGAUUCGUGGAGUUGAAGUUAAAGACUUGGUGUCAAAUUCUUUAUGGUUUAAAGGUCCUUCUUGGCUACCACGUGAAAGUUUGUGGCCAAGUCAAAAGGAUGAAGUUGUAGUUCAUGAGAUAACAGCGGAGAGACAAAUUGAUCCAGUUAAGGUUGAAUGUUUGUUUGAAGUUAGAGAAUGUUCUUCUCUGGAGAAGAUUUUCAUGAUAACGAAAUAUGUAUUUCAGUUUCUGAAAAAAUUGUUACUCAAGAUAUCACCAAAUCGAGUGUCAAAGAUAACUUUACCAGAUCCAGCAGUUUAUUGGCUGAGAUAUUAUCAACUUACUAACUUUAAAGAAACUUUUUCUUGGCUGUUUUAUUCUGUGAAUCCUGAUCCUAUUGAAUUUAAGAGCUUGUAUGAUCUUUUGCAGAAACCACAUAGCUUGUCUGUUGAAUGUUCUGAUUUGAUUAAGGACUUAGGUCUGUAUUUUGAUCCAUCCAUUGGACUGAUGAGGUCAAGAGGUCGCCUCCAGCAUGCUGAAAUUGCUGUGAAUUCCAAAUAUCCUGUACUAGUUCCACCAGGAGAACAUUUAACUAACCUUUUCAUUCUAAAGGCACAUAGGUAUAAUUUACAUGGAGGAGUACAGGAAACUCUUGCUACUAUUCGUCGACAACUUUGGAUUCCCAAGGGAAGGCAAGCAGUACGCAAAGUGAUUAGAAAAUGUGUUCUCUGUAGCAAAGUUGAAGGUAAACCCUGUGUUUACCCUGGUCCCCCUUCUUUACCUUUACAUAGAGUUGUUUUGAACAGACCAUUUGAGAAUGUAGGUGUUGAUUAUUCUGGACCUAUUGUCAUUACAAAGACUGAAGAUAAUGAGCCAAGGAAGGUUUAUAUCUGUUUGUUUACUUGUACAGCUACAAGAGCAGUUCACCUAGAUGUGGCUUUAGAUAUGACAGCAGAAUCAUUCUUAUUAAUUUUUCGUCGGUUUUGUGGCACCUGGCCUGUUCCCAAACAAAUAAUUUCAGAUAAUGGGACAAACUUUAAAGCAACUGCCAAGUUUCUUGAGGAAAUAUGUAAUGAUCCUCAAAUACGAGAAUAUUUUAGUAAUCGUGGUAUUGUUUGGAAAUUCAUCGUUCCCAAAGCACCUUGGCAAGGUGCCCUCUACGAGAGGAUGAUUAAGGUUGUUAAGAAUUGCUUGAAAAAGGUUUUCUAUCAUAAUAGAGUCAGUUUAGAUGAACUUCAGACUGUGGUUGUUGAGAUUCAAUCUCGUGUUAAUAAUAGACCGCUCUCCUAUAUCAACAGUGAUAGCAUGUCUCCAGAACCCUUGUCACCUUCACAUCUCCUAUAUGGCAGAUCAAUUGAAGCUAUGCCACCAGUAGUUUUAGCGGAUGAAUCUGAUCCUACUUACAUGGACCACGAUCAAUUGAAUAAGCAGUUUUCCUUAUUGUCUUGUAUCAUUUCCAAGUUUGAGAAGGUCUGGAAGAACGAAUAUAUAAUUUCCUUAAGAGAACGUCAUUAUGGUUCUGAUAGAGCUAGGGAAUUGAAUAAUCUUAAAGUUGGGGAUGUUGUUUUGGUCCAAUUUGAAUCUCCAAGAAGUGAGUGGCUUUUAGGUAGAAUUGUUGAACUUCGACCUGAUUCAGAAGGAGUCAUACGUUCUGUAGAUGUGUACUGCAAAGGUCAUGUCAGUACACGAACAGUUGAAAAGCUCGUACCUUUAGAGGUUAGUGAACCAGUGAAUAAGGAACUUAUAGGUAAUCUUGAUGAUAAUGUGAACACUGAUGAUUCCUAG